AUGGCCCUUAGAAACCGCAUCGUGAUGCCGGGAUGGCAUAUCCAGAACACCGAGGUCCUCCAGGGUCCUAUCAGCGGCUGGUCUCUCCCCAAUGCCGACGUCUCGAAUUGGUCUCGCAUCGGCUCUAAGGGGACUGUCAUGGGCGGAUUGAUAGAGAGCGGGAGGUACAAUGAACAGACACUAUUCAGGUCUGACACGCUUUCGACGAUCGAGAAAUCCCACUUCCAGUCUCCGUGGCUGUUCCGUGAGGAGUUCUCAAUUCCCGAGCUGGAUGCAGGGCACCACGUCUUUCUUAACCUGCACGGGGUGAGCUCUAAGGCCGAUGUCUUUAUCAACGGCCACCUGGUGGUCUCGUGUGAGGACCAGAAGGGUGCGUAUGCGGGCCGUACGCAGGAGGUGACGGCCUUUAUCCGUCCUGAGGUCAACUGCCUUCUCAUCCAGGCAUGGCCAACCGACUACCUCAAAGACAUGGCCAUUUCGUUUGCCGACUGGAACCCAGCGCCUCCCGACAACGGUAUGGGGGUCUGGCGCCACGUCGUUAUCAAGGUCACCGGCCCUGUUUCGGUCUCGCCACUCCGAGUCACUUACGCCCAGGAUGAAGCUAAUCCGCACAGCCGAGUGACUGUAACUGUCAAGACUGAGAUUGAAAAUCACGAAAAUGCCCCUCAAGACGUUGCCAUCCACUGUCAAAUCGCGGUACCUGGCAAUUCGCAAAACGUCGCGCUGUCUCGCCGAAUGUACUUGCUGCCACAUAGCAGGUCAACCGUCGCACUGGAAACGACCUUGGAGGAUGACCAAGUACAAAUUUGGUGGCCAGCUGCCUGGGGCCAGCAGCCACUCUACCGGGUCGACCUCAAUGUCUCACUUCCACCAAGCUUUAUAUCAGACUCCGCUUGGGCCGGGUUCGGAAUCCGUAAAGUGGAAUACACACUGAAUAAUCACGGCGACGGCCAAUUCUUCAUCAAUGGCCGCCAUUUUCAAGUUCGGGGUGCAGGCUACGCUCCUGAUAUUUUUCUGCGUUUCGACCCGGAGCGAGUUGAGGCGAUACUGCGCUAUGCGGUCCAUAUAGGGCUCAAUACUAUUCGCCUAGAAGGAAAACUUGAAAAUUCCAUACUGUAUGGUCUAGCGGACCGUCUAGGGCUGCUGGUUAUGGCAGGGUGGGAGUGCUGCGACAAGUGGGAAGGCUGGACAUAUAAUGAGGAUGUGGACGGGGUCGAGGUAUGGAAGGACGAGGACUACAGGAUCGGCGAGGCAUCCAUGCUGCAUGAAGCUGAAAUGAUGCAGACUCAUUCAUGCAUGCUCGCCUUUCUUGUUGGCUCCGAUUACUGGCCUGAUGAACGCGCGACUGCAGCUUACCUCGGUGCCCUGAACCGCAUGGACUGGUCAAAUCCUGUAAUUGCGUCAGCUAGCAAACGCGGCCACCCGCCGCAACUCUCCUCCUCGGGCAUGAAAAUGGAAGGUCCUUACGACUGGGUGCCUCCGGGCUACUGGUGGGGGGAACGUCUUGGUGCAGCGUUUGGUUUCGCAUCAGAACUCAGUGCGGGUUCUGGGACGCCCGAGCUGAGUAGUCUAAGACGGUUUCUGUCUGAUGUCGACCUUGCAUCGCUAUGGGGCAAGCCCCAAGCUGGACACUAUCAUCAGGCUCCAUCGGGCAGUGUGUUUCAUAGCCGCGAGAUCUACAACAAGGCCUUGAAGAGGCGAUACGGCAGCCCGACAAGCCUGGAGGACUAUGUGUUCAAGUGCCAGGUCAUGGAUUAUGAAGCCACCCGUGCGCAGUUUGAAGCGUUCGCCGCGCGUCAAAACGCUGCUCGUCCGGCAGCGGGCGUCGUCUACUGGAUGCUCAACAGCGCUUGGCCGAGUCUACACUGGCAACUGUUCGACUAUUAUCUCUACCCUAUGGGCGCAUACUACGGAGCCAAGAUUGGCGCGCGGCCAGAACAUGUCGCCUUUGAUUACCAUUCAAGCAGUGUCUACCUGAUCAACCACUCGCUGUCUGCUGGCGUACGCCGGAUUACGGCUGAGUGUAUCGAUCUCCGUGGGAGAAGACUGUAUCACCGCGAGGAGACAGUUGAGGCCACUGAGAUCACGUCCAAGCAAGUCUUCUCGAUUCCUGAAGUCACGACGUUGGCGACGGUGGCCUUGAUGCGCCUAGUUCUCUCUGCAUCUGACGUGGAAAUAAGUCGGAACGUCUACUGGCUCAAUGGCCGUAUGGACAGACUAAACUGGGACAAAUCAACCUGGUAUUAUACGCCGACUACACGCUAUGCGGACUUUACUUCGCUGAGUCAACUGGAGCAGGCUAAAAUGAAUACGAGUAUUGAUAUGCUCGCCCAUCCAGAUCCAUCAAUGAAGCAACUUCGAGUACGCCUACAGAACAUGUCAAGUAUCCCUGCCUUUUUUGUUCGUCUCACCGUGCACGAUCCUAUGACCGGCGAGCAGUUAACGUUAUACUAUACCAAUGACUCAUCUGCUUACUCUCCAGUCUGCCCCACACUCCAAAUUGGCCAUCAUCAGCAAAAGACCAUCAACAACGCCACCAUGGCCCAGACGGCUACACUGGUGUCAGAGAUCCUGCAGUCCUCCCCUCUGGACCUGGUACCCUACGAGAAUCUCUACAAGCAUUUUCACGCCAACCCAGAACUCUCUCUCCAGGAGCAGCGCACCUCUCAGAGGAUUGUUGACCAUCUUGCGUCCCUCAAUGCGUACGAUAUCCACACCGGUAUUGGUGGCUUCGGCCUCGCCGGGGUUCUCAGAAAUGGCCCGGGCAAGACGGUUCUCCUCCGCGCAGACAUGGACGCCCUUCCCGUCAAGGAGGAGACGGGUCUCCCCUACUCCAGCACCGCGACAGCGACCGAUCCUGACGGGGUCUCAAGGCCCGUCAUGCACGCUUGCGGACACGAUAUGCAUAUCACUGCCCUCCUUGCAGCCGCCGAGCAGCUCGUUCGUGUUCGCGACAAGUGGAACGGGACUCUGGUCGUCCUCUUCCAGCCUAAUGAGGAGCGCGGCGCUGGUGCCCAGGCAAUGGUCGAUGACGGUCUAUACGACAAAAUCCCCGUUCCUGACAUUGUUCUCGGUCAGCAUGUCAUGCGGCUGCGCGCCGGGACCAUUAAUUGCAGAACUGGAACCAUCAUGGCCGCCGCCGAUAGCAUGAAGAUCACCGUUUUCGGCCGAGGGGGCCAUGGCUCCCUCCCGCACACAACUGUCGACCCGGUGCUCCUUGCAGCGCAUAUCGUGGUCCGAUUGCAAGGCGUCAUCUCGAGAGAGCUUGACCCCGACGACGUGGGCGUCCUUACCGUGGGAAGUCUGCAGGCUGGGCAGACGGAGAACGUCAUCUCUGAUAAAGCAGAGAUCGGGAUCGACUUUCGCUCCGUCUCGCUCGAAACGAGAGAGAAGAUCGUGGGCGCGGUGAAGCGGAUUGUAAAGGCGGAGUGUAUGGCGUCCGGCUCGCCAAAGGACCCAAUCUUCACGCCGACGAGACGGUUUCCUCCCACAGUGAACGAGAUUGCGCUUGCUUCCAAACUAGCCGGGUCAUUCUCGGCGCACUUUGGCGCGGACUUUGAUCCAGACACUCCGCGCACGAUGGUUGCAGAGGACUUUUCGAUCCUGGCAACGGCCUGUGGUAGACCGUCUUGUUUUUGGUUUCUGGGUGGAAUCGACCGGGAUAUCUGGGAUGCGCUCGUCAAGGAUGGGAAAGAGGGCGAGAUCCCAGGAAACCAUUCGGCGCGGUUUGCGCCUGUUAUCCAGCCAACACUCAAGGUCGGGGCAGAGGCGUUGGCCGUAGGUGCUUUGACAUUCUUGUGCCGGGAGGAUUGA